AUGCGUGUGUUACAUGAGAAUUGGGUUAAAUCAACAGCUCGAAAACAAAGAGUUGCUGCGCACAGUCAUGUGAAAGGUUUGGGACUAGAUCCUGAAACGCAUACACCCAGUGAUAAUGCAAGUGGUUUCAUUGGGCAGUUAGAAGCACGAGAAGCAGCCGGAGUGAUUGUGGAUUUGAUCCGUUCGAAGCGCAUGGCAGGACGUGCGAUUCUUUUUGCUGGACCACCGGGAACUGGGAAGACAGCUAUAGCGUUAGCAGUGGCACAGGAAUUGGGUGAUAAAAUGCCAUUUUGUCCAAUGGUCGGUUCUGAAGUUUAUUCAUCGGAGGUGAAAAAAACUGAAGUCCUGAUGGAGAAUUUCCGAAGAUCAAUCGGUUUACGUGUUAGGGAGAAGAAAGAAGUAUAUGAGGGUGAAGUUAUAGAAUUAACACCAGUAGAAAGCGAGAAUGAAACGGGUGGCUAUGGGAAAAGAAUAUCGCACGUAUUGAUUGGCUUAAAAACCGUUAAAGGGAGCAAACAGUUGAAACUUGAUCCAUCAAUUUAUGAUACGCUUUUGAAGCAAAAAGUUGAAGUUGGAGAUGUCAUCUAUAUCGAGGCGAACAGUGGUGCUGUAAAGAGACUUGGUCGUUGUGAUGUAUAUGCUACGGAAUUUGAUUUAGAAGCUGAUGAAUUUGUGCCACUACCAAAAGGUGAUGUUCGGAAGUCGAAGGAAGUCGUCCAAGAUGUUACGUUGCAUGAUCUGGACAUUGCAAAUGCUCGUCCACAUGGUACUGCUGGUAAUGUAACAUCACUUGUCGGACAACUGUUAAAGCCGAAAAAGACUGAAAUUACAGAAAGGUUACGGCAAGAAGUUAACAAUGUCGUGAAUGAUUAUAUCGAACAAGGUAUUGCUGAGUUAAUGCCAGGUGUGUUAUUCAUUGAUGAGGUGCAUAUGCUCGAUAUCGAAUGCUUUACAUACCUUCAUCGAGCGCUUGAAAGUACUAUUAGUCCGAUUGUAAUUUUUGCCACUAAUCGCGGUCAGUGUAAAGUUCGAGGUACAGAAAUGGUAUCACCGCACGGUAUCCCAUUGGAUUUAUUAGAUCGCAUAUUAAUAAUUGUUACAAAACCAUACAAAAUUGAUGAAAUAUUGGCUAUUGUAAAGAUACGAGCCGAAGCAGAAGGUGUAAAAUUGGAUGAGGAUGCCUUAACAUAUUUAAGUAAUCUAGGCGCUGAAACAUCCUUGAGAUAUGUCGUGCAAUUACUUACACCUGCAAAAUUACUUGCUCAAGUAAAUAGUCGCGACAGUGUUACGGAAGAAGACGUGAAGCAAUGUGCCGAAUUAUUCAUCGAUGCCAAAGCAUCGGCACAGUUAGCACUUUCAAGUAUCAGUGGAGAUAAUACUCACACAUCACCUAUUGCAAAGUUGGAUUCCGUUGCGACUGUUCAUCCAUUGAACUGUCAAACAACCAGUGAUGGUGACCCUCCAAUGGAAACAGAUGGAACAUAA